AUGCGUAGUCUGGUUAGUCCAGAAGAACAUGAGCUCAAUUGUGCAGUAAGUUUUGGCUUCAAGGCCACUGACAACGUAGGACAAUACGAGACCCUCCUAGUUGGCCUUAGAUUAGCUAUGGAAAUGCAGGUAAAGAGACUAGUAAUCAGCAACGAUUCCCAUGUGAUAGUUAUCAGGCAAAAAUUCAACAACAAGAAGGUCAGAAACUUAUGUGAGGAGCUUGGCAUUAGGAAACAUUUCUUCUUAUUACAUCACCCUCAGGCUAAUGGGAAAGUGAAAGCUAUCAAAAAGACAAUCAACUACAUGCUGAAAAGAAAUUUAGAUGCUUCUAAAGGGGUUUAA